CUUGGUGGCGCGGCGCGGCGCGGCGCGACGUAAUGUGGCGUAAUCAGGCGUAAUGUGGUGUAGGGGCACGCACCAACGCACGGCACGAGGGCGGAUUGAACAGCUGAUCCUCGCCGCGCGUCUAUUAUGGUCUGUAAGUCUAUCGCUAUCGGUCGCGAGUUUUACGAGACCACGUCAUUUGUCCCUCCUCAAUUGACGAUUGCCGUCAAUUACUGUUUGCGUCGACGGUGAUUGGAUUCGAAAGACGAGUAGGCCAAAAAAAGACAGUGCGCAUUUCUGUCAUCUCCGAAUCCUCAUUCCUCCCCCGAGCCCGAGCCCGAGCCCGAACCCGAGCCCGAACUUCCCGAAUCCGAACCCCGAGAGCUGUGCUCGGCUCGGUGGCCGCCGCAUGAAUUAACCCCUUCUCGCGACCCGCGACUACUCCCCGCCGCGACGUCCACUCUUUGGCUUGGACCGGAGAAAUCUGAGAGCAGGGGAGAGCUCAGUCAUCAGUCACCUUAAGUCGUCUAUCGUCUGGUCCGAUACGAGGUUCGCCCCCCGAGUUCGGGGACAUCAUCGGGACAUUAUUAUGGCCAGUCCGGUGGUUGGCACUGGAUAUAAUUUCAAAGUGGUUUUGCUCGGUGAGGGAUGUGUCGGCAAGACCUCGGUCGCUCUUCGAUAUGUCGAGGACAAGUUCAACGACAAGCAUAUCACCACGCUACAGGCGUCGUUCCUGAAUAAGAAAUUGAAUAUCAAUGGGAAAAGAGUCAACUUGGCGAUAUGGGACACUGCCGGGCAAGAAAAGUUUCACGCAUUAGGACCAAUUUAUUACAGAAUGUCCAAUGGUGCCAUUCUCGUGUACGACAUUACGGAUGAGGAUACCUUUCAAAAGGUAAAAAACUGGGUGAAGGAGCUUAAGAAGAUGUUAGGUAGCGAAAUUUGCUUAGUGAUAGCAGGUAAUAAAGUGGAUCUGGAGAAGGACAGGAACGUUGCCACAGAGGAAGCUGAAGAGUAUGCCAAACAAGUGGGAGCUAUGCAUUUUCAUACAUCAGCCAAGUUAAACCAGAACAUUGAAGAGAUGUUUCUAGACUUGACGCAACGCAUGAUGCAACGUGCGGAUGAGGCUGAGCAAAAAUCCACACUUACGAGGACCAAUAGUACGCGUCGCAAUGUCGUUAUGGUCGAGGACGAGGCAGAACAAACUCAACCGAGUAGAAGUUCCUGCUGUGGUGGUGGUGGUAGUGGUAGUGGUGGCAGUGGCGGUGGAGGUGAUAACGGUGGCUUUUCGUAGACCUUUAAAAUCAAUUUACUUUUAAUUUCAGAUACAAGGUCUAAUUUCGGUAAUUUACUAACUAUGUACAGGAUGGCGUAUCUCUGAUGUGACAAAUUACUACUUGCAAAUCGUAGUUUGUCGUAUUACAAAUGUUUCAUCUUGUAUAUACACAAGGCCAAGAGUGUUAAGUAUGUAUGAGUGUGCACAUGUAUGCCUAUAUACAUAUAUGUAUAUUUUUAGCUGCGGUAAUUCUUGGAUAGCAAAGAUACUUGUAUAUUUGUGUGUGUAUAUAUAAAAAUUUAUGUGUCACAAUUACUUGUCUGUACCUAUAUAUAUAUAUAGGUACAGACAAGUAAUUGUGACACAUAAAUUUUUCCGAGGCAGAUUCCACAUGCCAUUUUGUUGAAGAGAGAUGAAUUGUUAAAAUUUUCGAUAAAGACUUUAGAUUGCAUGCAUUAUAUGGCUGCAGCCUUUCAUUGUCAUUUGCGAACAUCGUCGGAUAAACCUCAUUUUUCUGGACAGAUUUGCCUCUCGAUUAAACUUAUCUUUUCAAGUAAUUUCUCAUUCAAAACAGUCGUGAAGCAGAAUGUAUAAGUAAUGUCACUUCUUUCCAAUGAAUCGUCAUUCCAGAUGCUACUUUUUUUUCAUAAAUAUAUAUGAUUGCAUGAGUGCAGUGUGUUUCUCUUUAUUACUUAAAUCACGCAUUUAUCAUAAAGAAGAAGCAAUGUCUGUAAACAUAUUAAUCUAGCUGUUUCGAGUUUCUCAAUCUUAGUGUAGUUGCCAAAAUUUUGUAAAAGGCAAAAAGGUAAAUGCUUCGUCCGAAUCAUCAUCCCAUUUUUCCAAUGCCGUCUUUCGAUAUAAGUACAUGUAAUCUUUGCAAUCCACAAAUUGCUACAAACUGAUUAACUAAAAGUUAGCUAAUCAUUAGACAGCGCGGUCUUGUCGCGAGACGAGGGCAUUUUCAAGGGAGAACAGAAGAAGACUUCCAGCUUUUAUCCAAAACGAUAGUUUGGAUUAUUGUACAUAUUAAGUGCUGAUAAUUUUAUUGCAUUGAUUUGGAUCGUAUAUUAAGUAACACGCAAUAUGUUUAUUCAUCUCAAGUUAUAUAAAUUAGCGAUACAAGAGAGUUGUUAUUUAAAUUAUUGUUACUGUAAGUUAUUUUAUGAACAUAAAAUGGUAACUCUUGUAAUAACGUUACAGAGAAACGCUUCAUUUAACAUUUAUCCACCUCGAUCCCAUCGUUACGAAAGUUAAGUUUUGCUUAUGAAUUAUACACAAAACUGAAGACCUAUAAAUAAACAUGCUUUAUUACACGUUCUAUUGACAACAACGAGGAAUGCAAUCGAGUCACAUCAGUUCUAUAUAGGUCUGGGUUAGUCUUUUUUUUAUGAUAGAGAGCGGAUUGAGACUGCCAAGCUCAUACUUUAUCCCAGUUACCUAUAAUGGCAGGACUAUUUGAGGGGAUAUACAAAUCUAUGGUUUGCUACGCGAGAAAUUGCCAAGUCUCGUAUUCUUACACUUAGACGACGGACAAACUUACCGAGUCUUUAUAGACAACACUUGGCAUCUAAUACAUGUUAUAUUUUUCCCUUUUUUUUAAUUCUCUUUCUUUCUUUAAUUUCUUUUAGUUCUCGUUAUAACAUCAAGUGAAACUAAUAACAAGAUGAUUGUUUUGAGAUCAUAAUUAAAAACUAUUAUGAAAUCACUAGAAUUUACUCGCGCGCGCGCACAAAUCUUCCUUAUUACAUCUAUCUCGUCUCUUUUCGAGUUUACUUAAAUACAGUAUCACAUAUACUAUAAUUCGUUAGACCACAAUUAUUAUUGAAUCAUGAAUUUUUGUAAUAUAUACAAAUAUAUACUCUUUGCAAGAAAUGCAAAGGAUGCCAAAUAUUAAAAUGAUUUGUUGCAAUUUUCCUAUUGUAGAUUUA